AUGAAUUAUGUUCUGAUCGCAGUAACUGUACUAAGUUGCGUUUCAGCAAAUGAGCCAAAGAUCAACGAUAUUAUUUCCACACUGGAGAAGGCAGUUCUCUUCUUUGAAAUCAACUAUGAUCGAUUUAAUUUGGAUGGCGUGUCGGGGUACAGAAUAUUAUAAGCUCUGCUGGAAGAUACGUUGAAGAGAUGGUCUCUGUCAGGACCUGAAACUGACUCUCAAUAUAGAAAGGUGGAGGAUCUUGUGUUAAAAGUGGGCUUCAGAGUAUACAUGGCUAUCAAAGAAGUAAAAUUACAUCAGCCUGCAUAUUUCAAUGCCUUUGAACCAUUACUACAAAUUAAUUUCUGGACUUUCAGACCUGAAUGGACUCAGACAGACAGUACAUUGGUCUAUCCUAAAUGGAGGGUUAAACAAUGUUUUGAAGAGGAAGACAGUGACACCUGUAUGUUUCAAAUAUUAGGUACCGGGAAGGAUUAUAGAGUGCCUUGUCUGGAUACAACCAUGUGUAAGAAGCUGAUGACAACACUAUAUUGCCCAGAUUACUCCUUGCCACACCAACUGCUGUACUUUAUUUUUGCUGAGAUUAAAAACUGCACAAAUAUAGUGGGAUCUCGGCACCCAGGGCUGAGACAUUCAGUAAGUACUCAGCACCUUAAGAAAAUCUACUGCACCAAUAUGAUGGAAAUAAACUUGCAGAUUGAAAAUGAUGGUUUUCCUGUAUAUCGACGCAAUUUAUUUCUGGAAAACAUAAUGCUUUGCGGGAUGAUUGGAUAUUCUGAUUUCUACAAGACCCGGUGGCUUGAAGCCAUUCUAUCAUGGCAGUACCCCAAUGGUUGCUAUGUGAAAAUGGGUAGGAGUAUGCACCCAAAAGAGAGGAAAGAAAAAGCACUUACAGCACACCAGGGAGUGAAGAGAGAAGAUGUCCUAUUGGAUGAUAAUUGCUCAUGUCACAAGACUGCUGUCGCUGUAGGAGCUUUAGGUGGCUACUUUUGUUUCUAUGGAACGUCAUAG